CUCCCUGGAGAGAGAGAGAGUGAGUGAGAGAGAGAGCGAGGGGGGAAGGAAACUCUAUUCCCAAGCCCCGUCCAGAUGUCGAAGAAACGCAAAACCCCCGAGGGUGGAGGAUCCGGCCUCCCCGAGGAGGAACCCAAAACCCAGUUGGGGGACAGCGACGAGCAAGGAACAAACUCAGAAAGUACUUUUGUGGCACAGAAAUGCCUGAUGCAGCGCACUCUGCAGCAGUUAACUGGUUUGACAGAUGAAAAAGUGAAGGCCUAUCUUUCUCUCCAUCCCCAGGUACUGGAUGAAUUUGUGUCAGAAAGUGUAAGUGCUGAAACAGUGGAAAAAUGGCUGAGAAGGAAACACAACACAGAGGAAGAUGUUUCGACUCCUAAGCAUAUCAGCAGGUACCAGAAUCCUGAUAUCCAAGCAGUGGUAUAUGACCUGAACGGCUUUAUAGAGCAGCGGAUGGAUAUAGGAGGGCACAAUCAACUGCUCUUAUAUGAAUUGAGUAGCAUCAUUCGAAUGGCUACAAAUGCUGAUGGAUUUGCACUGUAUUUCCUGGGUGAAUGCAAUAAUAGCCUCUGUGUGUUCACGCCACCAGGAGCGAAGGAUGGACAACCACAUCUUGUUCCUGUGGGACCCAUUAUGCUUGGCACCACAGUAUCUGCAUAUGUAGCCAAAUCUAGAAAAACGUUAUUAGUAGAAGAUAUUUUGGGGGAUGAGCGGUUUCCCAAAGGUACUGGAUUGGAAUCAGGAACUCGCAUCAAGUCUGUGCUUUGUUUGCCAAUAGUUACUACACUUGGUGACUUGAUUGGUAUCCUGGAGCUUUAUCGACACUGGGGCAAUGACACCUUCCUCCUCAGCCACCAGGAGGUUGCAACAGCGAAUCUUGCAUGGGCUUCUGUAGCAAUACAUCAAGUAGAGUAUUUCAAAUGUUCUGGUCAGGUAUCGAAGGGCCUCGCUAAGCAGACUGAACUGAACGAUUUCCUGCUUGACGUUUCAAAAACCUAUUUUGAUAACAUUGUCGCAAUAGAUGCUCUACUUGAAAAUAUCAUGAUAUAUGCAAAAAACUUGGUGAAUGCCGAUCGCUGUGCACUCUUCCAGGUAGAUCAAAAGAACAAUGAAUUAUAUUCAGAUUUAUUUGAUAUUGGGGAGGAACAUGAUGGAAAACCUGUCUUCAAGAAGACCAAAGAAAUAAGAUUUUCUAUUGAAAAAGGAAUAGCUGGUCAGGUAGCAAGAACAGGUGAAAUUCUCAACAUUCCUGAUGCCUAUGCAGAUCCGCGUUUUAACAGGGAGGUAGAUCUCUACACAGGCUACACCACCAGGAAUAUUUUAUGCAUGCCUAUUGUGAGCCGAGGAAGUGUAAUAGGUGUCGUACAGAUGGUGAACAAACUAAGUGGAAGUGCCUUCUCUAAAACUGAUGAGAACAACUUUAAAAUGUUUGCAGUCUUUUGUGCUUUAGCCUUACACUGUGCUAAUAUGUACCACAAAGUUCGCCAUUCAGAGUGUAUCUACCGUGUUACUAUGGAGAAGCUUUCCUAUCACAGUGUUUGUACAGCAGAAGAAUGGAAAAACCUCAUGGAUUGCAAACUCCCACCACAACUCUGCAAAGAAGUAGAACUAUUCCACUUUGAUAUCACUCCUUAUGAAGAUUUCUGGCCAUCCAUUUUUAUCUAUAUGAUCCAUCAGUCUUGUGGGUCAGGCUGUUUUGAACUAGAAAAACUAUGUCGAUUCACUCUGUCUGUAAAGAAGAAUUACCGGCGUGUGCCCUAUCACAACUGGAAGCAUGCAGUUACAGUUGCACAUUGCAUGUAUGCUGUUCUUAAGAAUAACCACAGGAUUUUCACAGACGUAGAACGAAGAGGACUUAUGGUUGCAUGUUUAUGUCAUGACCUGGAUCACAGGGGUUAUAGCAACAGCUAUCUUCAGAAGUUUGAUCACCCAUUGGCAGCUCUUUAUUCUACUUCAACAAUGGAGCAGCACCAUUUUUCACAGACUGUAUCAAUAUUGCAGCUGGAAGGCCACAAUAUCUUCUCUAAUUUGAGCUCUACUGAGUAUGAGCAGGUGCUGGAAAUAAUCCGCAAAGCCAUCAUUGCUACAGACCUUGCUCUGUACUUUGGAAACAGGAAACAUUUGGAAGAGUUGAACCAGUCAAGAUCACUAAAUCUUAAAAAUCAAGCACAUAGGGAUCGUGUGAUUGGGCUGAUGAUGACAGCUUGUGACUUAUGUUCUGUGACAAAAUUGUGGCAUGUUACCAGAACGACAGCCAGCGAUAUAUAUGCAGAAUUUUGGGCGGAGGGUGAUGAAAUGAAGAAGUUAGGUAUUCAGCCUAUUCCUAUGAUGGACAGAGACAAGAAAGAUGAAAUUCCUCAGGGCCAAAUUGGGUUCUUCAAUGCUGUAGCCUUGCCCUGCUAUAACACCCUCUCACAGAUCCUCCCUACCACCCUGCCACUACUUCGAGCUUGCAAGGAAAAUCUUAAACAAUGGGAAAAAGUGAUACGAGGAGAAGAAGCAUAUGGAUGGAUACCAACACAGACCAAUAACCCUUCGACAGAUGUGCUACCCGUGGAGAUUACAGACUGAUUCACAUUUUAAAAUUUCUUUGAGACUCCCACCACCUUUUAAGGCUUUUAAAAGGAUAAACACUGCAAAUUCUAACUGGGAAGGCUUGUGCACAUUUCUUUUCUUUGCUGAUCCAGUGUGUACAGAGGGACUGAUGGACAACUCAACUAUUGCAGAAUCAGCUAUCAAAGCAAAUGUUUGGCUUGUAAAUAUAAGACUGCCUUUUUCUCAUGG